AUGGAAUUGGAGAAAGAUAGGUCCUUGGCCUUCCUGGACAUCCUAGUUAUGGUGAGAUCUGAUGGGUCGGUUACACACACAGUAUACCGGAAACCAACACACACAGAUAGAUACCUACAUGCCUCCUCACAUCAUCACCCACGACAUUUACAAUCAGUCGUCACUACUCUCACAAACAGAGCGCAAGAUCUCUGUGCCCCUGAAUUUGUAGAACAAGAACUAUCUCACGUUCAAGAAGUACUCAAGAGAAACGGUUACAUGAUGAGUAGAAGGCAAAAUAAGCGCGUAACAAAAGCUAAAAUACCGGAAGUGAACAGACAGCCAGCAUACAUGACUUACUUAAGAGGAAUAACGGUCAAAAUUGGAACAGCAUUAAAUAAAUACUCCAUUAUGACUGUAUAUUAA